AUGACCGCAUCAAGUGCUGGCAACAAAUUUGUGGUCGGUUUCCCAAGAAAUUUUGAUGGUGAAGCGGAACAGUUGUUCUUAUUCAUCACAAAUCCAGAGUCAAGUGCUGUUAGCUUCACAGUCACUCCAAUUGAUUUUGGCGGUAGCGUUUCAACAUCUUCGAAUUCUACUGUAAACAUCCCAUCCAGUUUUGAAGUUGUAUCUAUUAAUGAAAGGGACAAGGGGAUCCUUGUUGAAGCUAACGGAAACAUCAGUGUGUAUGGGCUAUCUUUUGAUCCAGGUUCUACUGAUGCCUAUUUAGCAUUACCCUGUACUGUAAUGGCAGUGGAUGAAUACGAAUAUUAUGGAAUCUCCUAUGGAACCUUUUGUAGUGUUAUUUUGAUGGUGGCUUGUGAAAAUGAAACUCUCGUCAAAUUCAAUUCCACAACAAUAACACUCAAUAGUAUGGAAACGUAUCAGAUUGAAAGUGAUAAUGAUCUCACAGGAACAAGAAUUACAAGCUCCAAACCUUUGUCUGUGAUUAGUGGAGAAGAUUGUGCUAAUAUUCCUCAAAGUAUAGGCGGUUGUGACCACCUAGUUGAACAAGUGCCUCCGACUGUGACAUGGGGCUCAAAAUUCCUCGUGGCAUCUCUCGAGGGUAGAUCUUCUGGUGAACGUAUUCGUGUUCUUAGUGCCCGAGCAGCAAGUGUAGCUGUGAACUGCAACACUAACGUAUCAGUCAGUGAAUUCCAGUUACAAAGUGGAGGAAGCUUCACAGAAUUUGAAUUAUCUAUUAACAGUUCCUGUAGCAUUGAAUCCACUUCUCCAGUACUGGUUGCACAGUAUGCGUAUGGUGGUGAGAGUGAUGGCGUGGGAGACCCAUUCAUGAUGAUAAUCCCUCCAAUUGAGCAGUUUACAAAUAAUUACUUAGUCAGAAGUUUCACUAAUUUCACAUUCAACUAUGUCACAAUGUAUGUUGCUUCUGAGUUUUUUCAAAUUGCACAAAUAUUAUUAGACAGUUCCAUUGUUACUGGGUGGCAGAAUGUUGUCUGUUCAAGUGGAGAAAUUUGUGGCCACAUAAGUCGAACAAGUGUGUCCUCUGGAGAUCAUUCUAUCUGCCAUCAAAACAGCUCAGCUGUUCUAGGUGUUUCAGUGUACGGAUUCGAUAUAGACAAUUCUUACGGUUACCCUGGAGGCAUUAGGUUAUCUCCCAUACAAUGCAACUGUGGUCAGAAUUCUAUUUGUUUGAAUAACAUGGGACAGUUUAACUGUAACUGCUUGAAUGGAUUUAGUGCUUCAUUGUCUGGAACUGAUGCAGUCGUCUGUAAUGCCAUAACCUGUCCUCCUUCGUCAACUGUUCUUUUCAAUGGAUCUGUGACAUAUAGUUCCAAUGCUGAUGAAAAUGGCACCUAUCCCUUUGAUACGGUUGCUACCUACAGCUGUUUCACAGGGUUUUCUCUUCUUGUCGGUGACAACAUAAGAACGUGUACUGGAGAUGGCAGUACCACUACUGGUGCUUUUAGUGGAAUUGAUCCAAUUUGUGAACCCAUAACCUGUCUUCUUUUGAUGAGCCCAACCAAUGGCGCUGUGUUUUAUGGUGGAGCUGCUACUGAUGUAAAUGGCAAUUUUGAGUUCAAUGUGACGGCUACCUACAGUUGUGAUACUGGAUUUUCACUGGUUGGUAACAACUCAAGGACUUGCACUGGAGAUGGGAUGAUUGUAAAUGGUGGCUUUAAUGGAACAGCUCCAACUUGUGACCCUAUAAUCUGCCCUGCUGUGGCAGCGCCCAGUAGUGGCAGUAUUGACUUUGGUGGAGCCUCAUCUGAUGGAAACACCAACUUUGCCUUUGAUGUGGUGGCUAAUUACAGUUGUGACAAUGGAUUUUCUCUAGUUGGUAAUAGCUCAAGGACGUGUACUGGAGAUGGCAGUAGCACUACUGGUACUUUUGAUGGAGCAGCUCCAAAUUGUAAACCACAUAGCGGGACCUUCAGUACCAUAUCUGUUUAA